GCAAGCACCUUUUUCGUGGAGACAGGCCUCUUUCACGGAGAGGGUGCGCUCAAGGCGCUGUCCAGCGGGCUCUUCAGACAGGUGAUCUCCAUCGAGGUAAAUGCUCAUCUUGUCGAGCGGGCGCAGGACAAGCUCAAGUUGCCCAUAGCCGCAGGUUUGCUGAAGGUCGUGCACGACGACUCCACCAAUCUAUGGCAGCACAUUCAGGAUCUUGAUGCGCCCUGCACCUUCUUUCUGGAUGCCCACGGCUACUGGGUGCAGGAGUGUGCCGCUGGCGCUGCCGAUGCAUCGGAUGACCGGGACCCCAAUGCGCAGAGUCCGUGCCCGCUACUUGCGGAAUUGGAGGCCAUCGCUCGGCACCCACUGGCACGGCAACACAAGGUGUUGAUCGACGAUCGGCGUUGCCUGCAGCCGGGGUGGGACCAUCCCACUCAAAGUUGGUGGCGUGGUCUCAGCGAGGAGAUGGUUGUCGAGAAGCUUCGAAUUGUGAACCCAGACUUCAAAAUCCAGCAUCUGGCCACCAAGAAGGAAAAGGGAUUCCAGAGUUGGACUCGUUGGUCCCAAGGCAAUGAUGGUGGAAGGUUUAUCGAUGGCCUGCAGCCACAGGAUAUCAUUGCGGCGGUGCCUCCCGACCAGCGAGCCAUUCCUGAUGAGUUUGAGGCCGACAGCUGGUCCCCGAAUUGGCCUUGCGGUGCCGUGCGCCGUGGCAACUCGGCUGAGUUCUUUACAAUCGGCGAAAGCCAGUGGCAGGGCGGUGUGGAGGGUGAACUUGAGCCGCCGCAAAAUUCGCGAAGCAGCUGUCAAGCUCGCGAGCCUGCAUCUCCGCCAACCUCGCCGCGGCUGCGGCGGCUGCGUGAGAGGCUAGACGAGGAGGAGGAUCGAUGGCGCCAUGCGGCCUACUGCCCAGCGCGCCCGAAGGCAAAUCCAGCCAGCGAGGCUUCAAAGAUGGCAACUCUGCCGAUCAACGGUCAGGCGCCUCAAGUUCCGCCCGUGGCGUGGACCGGGGGCUUUCCCGCAAGAAAGCUGUCCCCGUCACGGGGCCUGGACUCAAGGUGGAGCAAUUUGCUGCUGAGAGCGUCUGAUCGUGAUAUGGCUCAAGGCCAACCUCAACAGCAAGGCACUUCCGCUCCCUCGCCCCCCCUGUCUGCGCGGUCGACGACAACGCCCCGCGUAGCAAAGGAACAGAUGGUGAGCCUCCGACAGCUCUGGAGCGAGCAGCGGAAGAAGAUGCUCGCUGGCAGCUGA